AUGAGCGCACGCAUCAUCGGGCAAGCUGGGUUUGGGGCCAGUUCUAGCACCUCCAUAGCCAUUGUCAAGCUCCUGCGUCUCUUGCUGGCUUUGCAAGCGCGGCAAGCCAAAUAUGUAUGGGUAUUUCCAUUCAUCAGGAGUCUCCCAUUUCUUCCUCUGAAUCGGGAGAGAUGGAGAACCAAGAGAGAAAUCCAUCGCUUGCUCCGUGCGGCCAUUGAUUCCCGUCGAGCUCACACGCGCAAAACCAAUGCUGCCUCUCACGGAAGUGACUUGCUCGGCACGAUGCUCGACAGCAACUGGGACGAGGAAUCAAUGGCCGUCCCAUUUGAUUUUGCGAUCUAUCCUCCGAUCUCAAUCAUCCCUAGAGUAGCGCUCAAAGAUUGCUACGUCGACCACCUCUUCAUACCAAAAGGGCUGGCAGUAUCCGUGCACAAUACCGUGAUACAACACAGUGCCGAGAUGUGGGGAGAGGACGCAAACGAGUUUAAUCCCGAUCGCUUUGCAAAUGGGAGCGUGGCAGCGUGCAAGCAUCCCAUGGCUUUCAUGCCAUUCUCGUUUGGAGCGCGAGCUUGCAUCGGCCGAGUUUACUCCCAAGUCCAGGCCAAGAUCGUCGUGGCUUCCCUGUUGCAGCGAUUCCGGUGGAGCAUGUCACCUGAUUAUCGUCAUAACCCUGGUUGGCGCUAAAGAAGAUUAGUUCUUGGAGUUUCUUCUUGUCCAAUAUGCCAGUCUUGAUUCGCUCGGAAAAUACUAAACUGUUGUUGGCACAUCA